AAAUCACUUUGCUUUUGCCUCCCUCCAGCUUUCCUCUUUCCUUCCUCGCAGCCUUUAGGUAUUUCACUUUCCUCUUUCUCUCUCUCGCCCGCACUAACCCAAUCGCUCAAGAUGGAUCCACAAUCUUCCGGUGCUUCCUGAACAUUUCUGAUCUCUUCUUACAUCAUCUGAUUCUCCCGCUGUUUGUCGUUUGUGAGUUUGGGAUAAUCUUGGAGCUCUACUCGCAGCUUGAAGUUCGGACUUACUAAAUUUGUUAUGGAGGAUACCAGGUCAGUUGCUUCCCUCAUGGACUCUACAUCAUCCAAGAUUCAGCAGCUUCAGAAGGCCUUUGCCGAACUCGAAAGCCAGCGCGCCGUAACACUCAAUCUGAAGUGGAAGGAACUCGAGGAGCAUUUUCACGGUCUCGAAAGGUCCUUGAAGAGACGUUUCCACGAGCUUGAAGAUCAAGAAAAAGAGUAUGAAACCAAAACAAGGAAAGCUCAGGAGUUACUGGAGAAAAAGAAGGCAGCUGUUGAGGCCAAGGAGAAGGUAUCUCUAGAAAGGCUUCAGAAGAAGAGAGACGCUGCUGUGUUUGCUAUAAACAGUGCUUUGGUUAAGUACAGCAAUGCUCCUCCCAUCAUCAGUAUCGCUUCUGUUGAGGAUUCCCCCAACGCCUUUGUUGCUGCUGAUAGUACCGAUGAGAAUCCGGAUGGAACCGUGCAAGAGGCUGAGAUCUCACCUGCGAUUGGAAAUUUCGAGGUGAAGGCUUAUCCGGAGUUACUGAAACUGUGCGGGGAUAUGGACUCAGCAGGGCUCCAUAAGUUUGUAUCAGACAACCGCAAGAACCUUGCGUCACUGAAGGAGGAGAUCCCUGUGGCGUUCAGGUCUGCAGCGAACCCAGCAAGCUUGGUGUUGGACUCUUUGGAAGGGUUUUACCCCGUGGAGGCACCACCAAACGGUGAUGGGAAGAAAGACGGUAACCUCUUGGGAAUGCGCAGGACGUGUAUCAUGCUGAUGGAGUGCCUUAGCGUACUGUUAUCUGGUCUGGACAGCAACUACCUUGCUGCUGUUCUCUCAGAAAGUGUUAAGCAGAGAGCGAAAAGCAUUGCACAAGGAUGGAAUCCAAUGCUGGGAAAUCUUGACAUGGAGGCUUGCAAUGGUAACUCUUUGGAGGCCCAUGCGUUCCUGCAACUGCUGGCCAGUUUUGGUAUUGUUUCAGACUUUAAAGAGGAUGAACUCUUGAAGCUGAUCCCCAUGGUUUCACGUCGCCGUCAGGCAGCUGAGCUUUGCCGCUCUCUUGGACUGUCUGAGAAAAUGCCUGGUGUGAUUGAAGUUCUCCUGAACAGUGGAAAACAGAUUGACGCAGUGAACUUGGCAUUUGCGUUUGAACUUACAGAACAGUUCCCACCUGUGGAGUUACUUAAGUCUUACUUGACCGACGCAAGGAGAUCUUCCCCUGAAGGCAGACCUGGCAACGGAUCUCCUGCUACUCAGGAUGAGUUCAAUGAGAGGGAGCUUACAGGUCUUAAAGCCGUGGCCAAGUGUGUGGAAGAGCAUAACCUGGAAGAGCAGUACCCAGUUGAGCCACUUCAAAAACGGAUUCUCCAGCUGGAGAAGGCCAAAGCUGAGAAAAAGAGAGCUACAGAACCCACAAAGCCUCAGACAAAGCGACCACGUGGUGCUCAACCCCGAGUCACUGACAACAACAACAACAACAAUAACAAGACUGGAUAUGGUAGAGUCAUCCCUGAGAGGUAUCCGCAGUAUGUGUAUGACAACAGACCUUUCCUUAACGGUCCAAUCAUAGCAGCACAACCUCCUCCACCUCCUCCUCAGACUUACACUUUCAGUCCCGCUGCUGCUGCUCACGGUAACUUCUACGGGAACUGCUAUCAGUACCAGGCUCCUCCUCCUCCUCCUUACUUUCACUAGUGAUAAAAAAGGUGAUGGUGAAUGUGACUGUGGUGAUGGUGAAUGUGACUGUGACUCUCUCUCUCUCUCUCUUCUAUGGUGUUAACUUGUGGCAGCUCUUUAACCCCUACCUACUCUCCUACUAGUCGUUUCCCUUUCAUGUUGUUGUUGUGUACGGAUGAUUUUAGUAUUUUUAAGGAUCAACCCUACUCAAAACAAAAACAAAAAUUACUCUUUUAAGUAUUUCUCUUAAUCAAUGUUGUAUUGUUUUCUUA